GGUUCGUGAUGAUGAUAAUGAUAAUGAUGGUAGUGAUAGUGAUGAGGGUAGAAUGGUGUUCAGUGUGAAACAUCAGACCAGUCGUCAAAGAGUCCAGGAAGCAUUGAACGCAGGAGGACUUAGCCCAGAGGUCAAGAGCGGGGAACAUGAGGAUCACAACGAGGAGCUGGAGAGAUGGGAGCAGGAGCAGAUCAAAAGGGUACCAGCGUACCACAGGUGAUGACACAGUACCAAUUGUAUGUCCAACAAACGAUGCAGCCAAGCGGUCCCAGCACCGGCACCUCGACCCCUGACCCGACUAGCUACUAUCCCCAGCAGCAGUAUGCUUACUAUCCUGCAGAGAGCACGGCCUACCCUGCCGUUGACCAGAGCCUGGUGUAUGGCUCGGCCUACGCUACAGGGGUGGAGUCGCCCCAAGAGCAGCCCAUGGGCGGGGUCCCCAAUGCCCUGUCUCUACCCACGAAGCUACCAGAGAUCAAUGUAGAGGGAGUGUUGAAGAGGCUGAAGCAAAGACUUGAAUCUAUACAAGAGAUCCACAACGCCCAUCUGCGGGAGAGCGACAACAACUCUGAGAGGCUGCAGGACGCUGCCCUCAGCUCCACCAACCUCCGGGACACCCAGGGAGACGUCUCCAGCGAGUACAACUUCUUCCAAGAGAUGAGGGGGUAUGUCAGAGACCUUGUAGAAUGUCUGGAUGAAAAGCUCCCUCUCAUCAACGGUCUUGAGACGGCCGCGCUGACCAUCUCCAAGAAUCGAGCCAAUCAGCUUCUUGAGAGACGGCAGCAGGACAUCAAGGACCAGUCCGUAGAGUUCAUGGGGAUGUCCCACAAGGCAGCAGCAGGGUCAAACAUGAAUAGGAGCGAGAAGAAGGCAGCGAGGGUUGACGAGGAGGCGAGGCAAAGGAGAGGCGCUGAGAGGGAAGCAAGGAGAGCGAGGAGAAGAAGAGCCAGGAAGACAGAGAACCAAUUUCAAGAACACAAUCAUGGUACUUCCAGCGAUGAUGAAGUCACAGACAGUAUGCUGGUCAAGUUCAAGACAGAAAAAGAAUGCAUCGUAACCGAGCAAGCCAAAGUAUUCGAGGAUGUUGAGGAAGAGUUCUGUUCGCUGCCAGCCAUCGUAAAUAGAUUCCAACGCUGGAAGUUCUCCCAAGGGGAUUCCUACUCCGAUGCCUACAUCGGUCUGUGUUUACCCAAACUGUGUGAGCCGUUCGUCCGUCUUGAGCUUCUCUGCUGGAACCCUCUUGAGGCCAAUUCUAAGGACAUGGAGUCAUUCCCGUGGUACGAUACGCUCAUGUUCUAUGGCUUCAGGAAUGAAGACGACUACGACCGGGAAGACGAUGACAUCAAGCUCAUCCCUCGCAUCAUCGAGAAGAUUGUCUUACCAAAACUUUCAGAUCUAGUAGAGGAAGUAUGGGACCCUAUGUCUACAUUACAAACCCAUCGUCUCAUAGACACCUUACAUCAACUGGCUCAGGACUAUCCUACAAUCUCUGCUGAUAACAAGAACACACAGCUCCUUCUCAAGUCUGUUGUGAUGAGAAUACGAAGGACCCUAGACGAUGACGUCUACAUGCCUCUCUUUCCUGCAGAAAUGUUAGACAACAAGGCUUCUGGUGCUAAUGGCUUUCUGCAGAGACAGUUUUGGUCAUGUUUGAAGUUGCUAGGUAACCUGUUGUCAUGGCAUGGCCUGGUCAACAAGGAACAGCUGUUAGAGCUAGCUAUAGAUGGUCUUCUUAAUCGCUACCUCCUUCUCUCACUCAAUAACUCUGAUGUGGAUGAAUCGAGUAUAGCCAAGUGCGAUAGAAUUGUAUCCAGCCUCCCUGUGGCCUGGUUUGAGGAGCUAGAAGGUGACAGCACUCUCAGACAACUAGAACCCCUCUGUAAAUAUCUCAAGUAUGCUGCGGGUCACAUACAGAGCCAAGCCAAAGAAUCAGAUGCAGAUAGGAAGAAGAGCAGGCUACUUGUGAAGCUUAUCAUCAAGCAGUUAGUCAACAUGAAAGCCAUUGACCAUGCUCUCAAACUCACCGAUGACAUCAGUCUCAAAGAUAUGAAACAGAUUGUGACCAGCUGACCGUCUCAAGGAUAUUCCUCUCGGACACAGCAUGAUAUAAACUAUGCCGUGGAAGGUGUCUCGGCAUUGAAGAUAUCAAAGUGAUAGUGACUGGUAUCAAAGCGAUAGUGACUGGUAGACGAGUAUGAUCAUCACCUUACAGUUCUUGAGAUCAUCCACAAUUCUAGCUGCUAUCUUUGACCAAGGAUCAGUGACCAUCAGCCUCAGAGGCAUCAAAGAGAUAAUGACCAGCUAGUGCUGACCAUAACCUUGGAGAGAGUGUCUCAACAUGUAUCACCAUCUUAGCUUUAAUGCUUGACUGAUAACGAUAAGCAGCUUCAUCGGUGAUAACACGAUAAAGAGCCGUCAGCCGUUUGCUGCCGUCGUUGUAUGACCUGGUGAAGCUCUAGUGACAUAAGACCUAUGUGAAUGCGUCUCAUUUAUCACAUGGUGCUUGCUUGGAAGGUUCGCUGAUAUCUAUAGCUACUAACAGGCAAUGACUGAUCCUAAUCCUAAUCUUAUUUUUGCUAACUUGAAGAA